ACCCGGUUCACACUUUUUAUUCCCGGCGGCCGUCUCUCUGCCGCUCAUAUCGUCGCUCGGAGAUCCUGGAUCGCAUAGUUUCCUAACUCGUGUGACACCUUCUUCCUCUUCUCCUUCAAAGUCAGGUCCCAAAGAGCCUUGUUUCAGCAGCCAUGGCUAAGCAUCAUCCUGAUUUGAUCAUGUGCCGGAAACAACCUGGCAUUGCUAUUGGGCGAUUGUGCGAGAAAUGCGAUGGCAAAUGCGUCGUCUGCGAUUCCUACGUGCGCCCGUGUACGCUGGUUCGGAUUUGCGAUGAAUGCAACUAUGGUUCGUUUCAAGGACGGUGUGUCAUAUGCGGAGGUGUUGGGAUCUCAGAUGCUUACUACUGCAAAGAGUGUACGCAACAGGAGAAAGAUAGAGAUGGUUGUCCCAAGAUUGUCAAUCUCGGGAGUGCGAAGACUGAUCUGUUCUAUGAACGUAAGAAAUAUGGAUUCAAGAAACGAUGACAAGUGUCUGUACUCGUCUUUGUUUAGGCAUGAACUCAAAGAAAAGACAAAUGUUUGUUGUUACUCUUGUGCCUUAUUGAUUAGCUGGACGUGCUAUCUUUGUUAUGGUUGGUUAAUGUUUAGAAUGUGAUUGUUCCUCUA